AUGAGCGGCGGCCCCGUGCGCCGGAAGGGGCGCGGCGCGGGCCGGAAGCGCCGCUCGGUGCCGCCGCCGCGCUCCGCCAUGUCGCCGGUGCGGGCGGUGCUGGCGCUGGUGGCCGCGCUGGCGGCCCCGGCCGCCGCCUACUUCGUCAGCAUCGACGCGCACGCCGAGGAGUGCUUCCUGGAGCGCGUGCCGUCCGGCACCAAGAUGGGGCUCAUCUUCGAGGUGGCCGAGGGCGGCUUCCUGGACAUCGACGUGGAGAUUACGGGCCCCGAUAAUAAAGGGAUUUAUAAAGGCGACCGAGAGUCCAGUGGAAAAUACACCUUUGCUGCCCACAUGGAUGGAACCUACAAGUUCUGCUUUAGCAACAGGAUGUCCACCAUGACUCCCAAGAUUGUGAUGUUCACUAUCGAUAUCGGGGAAGCUCCCAAGGGGCAGGACAUGGAGACAGAAGGUGGUGGAGAUACCUGGGAUGCUCACCAGAACAAGCUAGAAGAGAUGAUUAACGAGUUAGCAGUGGCCAUGACAGCUGUGAAGCACGAGCAGGAGUACAUGGAGGUCCGCGAAAGAAUACACCGAGCAAUUAAUGACAACACAAACAGCAGAGUGGUUCUUUGGUCAUUCUUUGAAGCCCUUGUACUAGUUGCCAUGACACUGGGACAAAUCUACUACCUGAAGAGGUUUUUUGAAGUUCGAAGGGUGGUGUAAGAUCCUUCUGUGGUCUCAGAUUUCAGUUCACUCUCUACCAAACAUCCUGGUUACAAAAAAGAAAAAAAAAAAAGUCAUUUAGUUUCUGAACCCUCUUUACUGAACUGUAAAACUUCUUUGCUUAUGUUCCUUCCUAGUUAAGAAAAAAAAAUUGUUUUUAUAUAUCUUCUGUAGCAAAAGCUGUGCUGAAAUCUUGUCACUUUAUUGGCAUCAUUUUGUUCCACUGAGAUCUGCCCAGUCUGUGUGCUAAGCAAGGUCCAGGCAAGCUGCAAACUCUGUAACUCACUCUAGCAACAAGCUGUUCUGUCUUUUCUAACUCUUUUCCCUGUUUCCAGAAGCACUUGCAGUUCUGUCCAGGGAAACGGUACAAGGCCCUAACGUGACUGUUUGCAUCCUCACACCCCUAACCCUGCAGUAGGUGUUACAAAACUGAAAUCAUCCCUUCUCCACUCACAGAAACUGCCAAGGAAAAGGUUAAAAUUCAUACCUAGUUGCUAUUCAAAAGAUAGUCAUCAGCAACUGUCUUAAUGAUACCAACUUCUUCCCAAAGUUCUUUUUAAUUAAAUAGUUGAUAGGAAAAUGCCUUUUUUUUUUUUUUUUUUUUUCCUUCUCCUCUCUGCUCAUCACCAAAUGUUCCUUACACGGUUUUCAGUCUCUCAGAGGUUUUAUUUGGAAGCCAAUUGUGUGCAGUGUCUUGGCAAACACUCGUGAACCCUUUGGCUUUUGCAGGUCCAAAGCUCAGACUGUUUGCCCAGUGCCCAGGGCAGAAGAGUUCAGGAAAUCUGGAUUCCUGAGGCCAAAGGGUUCUGGAUCCUGGGGGUUCAAUCCACGCUAUGCAGCCCUUGUAUUUAAGUGCAGUGGCAAACUCUGCCAUGAUCUGAUCAGAAUUAGCAUAAUGCUAAAUACUGGUGUGUUUUCUUUCUUCAGGCACAUGUAGAUUUGUUUUUGUAUAAAGUUACUUUCCUCAGUUACCUGAUGAUUGGUUUAAAAAUUUAAGAAGCGUCUGAUGUGGGUGCUGAGCCAGGAUUAUGUUGUGACUGAUGUAUAUUAGUUGUAAUCAUUUUUGGGGGCGGGGUGGGGUCUUUUCCAGGGGGGAGCCUCUACAAGUAACACACAACAGUUUUGUACAAUUAAUUUAAAAUUUGUUACAGGUUUUCAUGUUCCAGGUAAAGUUUUUUCAACCUCGGGCAAACACUUGCAGCAGUUCUUCAGAGAGGUGGCUGUUACACCUUAUUGCAACUGUUGUGUGCCAAUAUUUUUGUGUAAAACACUGAAAAUUGAAUUCUAAGAUGUACAUUUAAAAAUUGCUCGUGAAUCUAAAUAUGACCCAGGUUCGAUAAAUAAACAAAUUCUUUAAAAAAAAUAAAAAA